AUGGGCACCCCCGGAGGCGUAUCACCGUCGCCGCGUCCCCGCGCGACAUGGGCCGCAGCCCGUGACAACGCCCUCCCCCUCUCCCGCCUCUGGGCGCACGUAGACAAACGUCUUGGGGUCCCCGUCUGGUCUCUCCUUCUGAUCACCGUCAUCCAAAUGCUGCUCGGUCUGAUCAACCUCGGCAGCUCGAGCGCGUUCACGGCCUUCGUCUCGGUCGGCGUCAUCGCGCUGGCGGCGGCGUACGCGAUGCCCAUCGCGCUCAGCUUGAUGAAUCGACGGAGGGAGGUUAUGCAGGCGCCCUGGCAUUACGGCAAUAUUGUCGGUGCCUCUGCCAAUGUGGUUGCGUUGGCGUGGAUUGUGUUCGAAUUGGUGCUGUUUAGUAUGCCGACUGCGUUGCCGGUUACGUCGACAUCGAUGAAUUACGCCUCCGUGGUCUUUGUGGGGUUUCUGGCUAUUGCGGCUGUGUGGUAUCUUGUUUAUGCGAGGAAACAUUAUAAAGGACCGCCUGAGUCGGAUGCACUGGAAUAG